AUGGUGGCGGCUAUGGUGCGUCUCACCGUCCCGCCAAAUAAUCAAGAUUGGCAGAAUCAAGAGACAGUCAACGCGCGCCUGGUGACCUUCCAGCCGCCGUCAUGGGCUCCCGGGGAAGGUACGAAUUCAUUCCUCGUUUUUGUCCGAAUAUUUGCGGCCCGGUUGCGUGUUUAUGGCGCGCCGGCGACGACACCGCCGCCUCCUUCAGAACGUCAAUGCGACGCUUCAGUUACACCACCGCCUCCGGAACGUCAAUGCGACGCUUCAGUUACACCACCGCCUCCAGAACGUCAAUGCGACGCUUCAGUUACACCACCGCCUCCGGAACGUCAAUGCGACGCUUCAGUUACACCACCGCCUCCAGAACGUCAAUGCGACGCUUCAGUUACACCACCGCCUCCAGAACGUCAAUGCGACGCUUCAGUUACACCACCGCCUCCAGAACGUCAAUGCGACGCUUCAGUUACACCACCGCCUCCAGAACGUCACUGUGAAAAUCGGCGCGGGCGGAGGUCUGGUCUGGUUCCUCGGAUAUUCGACCAUUCUAUAAUGGUUGGUACCUCGCCCACCUGCCCUCAGCCCUCAGUCCUCACCGACCCGCCCUCAGCCCUCACCUGCCCGCCCUCAGCCCUCACCCGCCCGCCCACAGCCCUUUAUACACAGCCUCCUGUGCCUGAGAUGUGUCGACUCAGAUCUCGAUCGACAAUGAUAUUGUAUUAUUGCACCUUUGUUACUGGCACCUCUGCUUGUGUUACUGGCACCUCUGCUCGUGUUACUGGCAACUCUGCUUCUAGCACCUCUGUUACUGGCACCUCUGCUUCUGGCACCUCUGCUUGUCUUACUAGCAACUCUGCUUCUGGCACCUCUGCUCGUGUUACUGGCACCUCUGCUUCUGGCACCUCUGCUCGUGUUACUGGCACCUCUGUUUCUGGCUCUGUCUCUGGCACCUCUGUUACUGGCACCUCUGCCUCUGGCACCUCUGGCACCUCUGUUACUGGCACCUCUGCUUCUGGCACCACUGCUUGUGUUACUGGCACCUCUGCUUCUGGCACCUCUGCUCGUGUUACUGGCACCUCUGUUUCUGGCACCACUGCUUGUGUUACUGGCACCUCUGCUUGUGUUACUGGCACCUGCUUCUGGCACCUCUGUACGCCCAUCAACCGGCUGCCCAUCAUGGCCAAGCAGGUUCUGGACCUGUAUGAACUGUACAACCUGGUUGUGGCUCGCGGGGGUCUGGUCGACGUCAUCAACAAGAAACUCUGGCAAGAAAUUAUCAAAGGUCUGAAACUUCCUUCGUCCAUCACCAGUGCUGCAUUCACUCUCAGAACCCA